ACUGUUUUCAUACCUGUCGAAUAACCACCGCCUCCUGCCCGUCAUUUCGUCGUGGUUUUUAACUUUCCGAAAGGAAGUUAUGGAACUUUUUCUUCAGGAUGAAAUAUAUCUUCGGGGUUUUUUCUAGUGUUUGAAAGUGCGGAUCUAUCGUGAAUCAAAGUUAUUUGUUUGGAUUAUUUCCGAAUGAAAAGUGAUAUCGACAGGAAAAGUGAUAUCUUACACUGAUAGAAGGAUUCAAUUGCUAUUAUCGAGGCUUUUCAACUAUUACCACGAUUUGUUAAACAUUAACAAAUUUAUUAUAAUAUAUUAUAUGUGUGUUGUGGUAAUAGUUAGGAAGCCGUGUCAAGGGGACCCAGGAGUAUAAAAUUCAUAAAUAAUGGCCACUGCGCAGAAUAGAGAGGAUCACGAUACCAUUUUCCGCCAGUACAAUGAUCCAUAUUGGAAGGAGAUUUUUGAGAAGUAUGAUCUCGACGGUGACGGCAAGAUAUCGCACAACGAGCUGAAGGCAAUGAUCGGAGACUCAAGCUACGCUAAGGACAUACCGCCUAGAGUGGUGAGACUCAUAAUGCAGAAAGCCGAUGUGGAUGAGUCAGGGUAUCUGGAGAACCCAGAAUUUAUAGCUAUGAUUUAUAGAAAAGACAUGCAGGGAUUCUUCGGGCGCUUCAUGCAUCACUAUGUCGACACAGUGGUGCCGAGGAGGCCCACCCUCGCCACUCAAUUGAGUGCGAGGCUCUCCACGGACUCUCCCGACGGACAAUACGAGAAGCAGUACAGUUGUAGUCCACCUGCUGUAGGUAUGAUCAUCAUAUCGAUGAUCGAAAUUAUCUUGUAUGUUUACGACAUUGUGAAGGAGCCGACGAAAGCGCCAUCAGAGCUGGAUGGACCUACUGCUAAAUUACUCAUUUACAAUCCCCGUAAAAGAUACGAGGCAUGGCGAUAUCUGACUUAUAUGUUUGUACAUGCCGGAGUGAUCCAUUUAACGGGGAACUUAUUAGUUCAAAUACUGCUGGGAAUCCCCUUGGAGAUGGUCCACAAGUGGUGGCGCGUGUUAAGCGUCUACUUCGCCGGAGUAGUAGCUGGCUCCCUUGGAACAUCAGUCGCCGACCCGAAUACCUACCUUGCCGGUGCAUCUGGCGGGGUUUACGCACUCAUAACAGCCCACGUUGCAACGAUCAUAAUGAACUGGCAACAAAUGAAAUACGCUGUGGUUCAAUUAUGCGUGUUCAGCGUUAUAACGAUCCUUGACGUGGGCUCGAACUUUUACAAUUGUUACGUGCUCGAUAAAAAGGAUGGAAUUGGCUAUGAUGCGCACUUGGCUGGUGCAGCUGCUGGAUUAUUAGUUGGAAUUAAUGUUCUCCGUAAUUUAAAGGUAAAAACGUGGGAAAAAGUGGUGUGGUGGGCUAGCAUUCUCACUUACACCGCUCUUAUGACUGCUGCCAUACUCUGGAAUAUCUUUGGGAUGAAAUAAAAACUCGUCUUUGGAAUAAUAAAUAUUUUCCAAUUCUUCUUUCAUCACUUUUCUACUGAAUAAUGGUUCUUUCUAAAUCAAUUUUGGCCAUUUAAUUAGGGUUCGAAUGGUAACACGUAACAGUAUUAAUGUUGCUUUC